GGCGGCCAUGGCGGCCAUGGCGGCGGAGUCGGCCGAGGACGGGGCGGCGCGGACCCAGCCCAGCCUCGGGCGCCUCUCGCGGGGCCUGCCCUUCGGACGGGCACACGGCCGUCUCGGCACCAGCCCCAGCGGCCGUCUCGUCCUGCCGGCGCCGCUCUCACAGGAAAGCGGGGAUCCGCAGGGAACAGCGCUUCUGCUGCGCAAAGCCUGGACGCUGUACAGCGUGACCCCCCUGUACCGCUUCCGCCACGGCCGCCUCAGGGACUACGCGCGGAUGCUCAGCGCCUUCAUCGCCGCCGAGAGGCAGAAGGGGCUGGCGGUGGAGGUGGGCGUCGAGCUGGACAUCAAAGUGACUCUGUCCAGCCUUCCCGAGCUCCGGGGCAGCGAGCAGGACCAGCCUGCCGUCCUCGUGCAGCUUUCUUCAAGGUCACGAGCUUCCCCCAAAAACUCAGAAGACAAGAUCCUGUGGUCGGGCUGUUUCUGCUGCGUGUAUGGAGAUGAUCUUUCUGAGAACAUGCCGGAGGACUUCACUUGUUUACCUCUGUUCCUGGCGAACGGGGCAGAGAGCUACAUGUCUGUUGUUGGAAACUGGUUCCAGAAGACUUUUGACUGCAUCUUCCGCCGUCUGGCCAUCAGCCCCUUCAACCUCAGCUGGAUGGUGGCCAUGUGGGCUGGGUGCAAAGUGGACAAAGCUGCCUCUGCCGUGGAACUCGUCUUCUCUGUCCCCCGCCUGCCCCAGCCUCUGGAUAUUUCAUAUGCCAUCCACCCAGAGGAUGCUAGAGCCCUGUGGGACACCAUCCAAAAAAAUCCGGGAGAGAUCACUCAGGAAGAGGUGGAUGUCUUCAUGGACUGCCUUUACUCCCACUUUCACAGGCACUUCAAGAUCCACCUGUCAGCUACAAAACUGGUGAAGGUUUCUACAACGAUUGCCUCGGCACACUGCGAUGGGAUUGUAAAGAUGCUACACAGCCAAUACCUCUCUGGAGUGCUGAUGCUACUGACCGAACUCGCAAUCUCUCAGAUACAGUGAGAGCCAUUUCAGCAAGUCUUCGUGCUACAAAGGCUUCCUGUUGAACGAUGUAUGCUGGGAAACCAACAGGAAACUCACUCCUGCAGCAUCUUCUUUCCUCUCGUGUUGGUUGUCCAGAGCUGGACUAUACCUCCUGCACUUAGCUCCGUUACAAGCUGUAACUCCAUGCCAUGCACAGCCAAGACAAGGAGACAUUUUGCCCUAAAGAAGGGCUGCAGUACAGACUUGGGGUAGUUCCUGAGCACCUUUGUUUUAUCAGAAUCACUCUGUUCAUUUAUGUUUAGGAGAUGA